CGGGCCGGUACUGGGCCCAGCGCGGUCUGGUUGCGCCCCCUGGUGGCCGAAUCCACAAUUGUCGGAUGGAAAUAGGGGCGGAGGGGAUUUCUAGGGCACCCACCUUCAUGAAUGUGAGCCCCAGUAGCAAUUUCUCACCAGUGAAAAGAGAGGUCCAAGGGAGGCGCUGCCUAUCCCAGUGCCUGUUCUCAGGAUGCCAAAACAUCAGGAAUUCAUAGUAUAGGUUUUAUUGAGGGCCUCCCUGUUACGUAUCCAGCACACAGAACAAUGGAGAACAAGUCAGACAAGGUCCUGAUGCUUCUGAAAGGAACGCACACCAUAGUAAGGGAGCCCGUCAUACACCCAUCAAUACAAGGUGGACAAGUUUUACAGAGGGAUAAUUCUGGAGAGAAUCAGAGAGAUGUGACAGAUGGCCAUUGCAAGACAGUGACAGCGCGCACCUCACGGGGCCAUGUUAGAAUUUAGCCGAGAAAGCCUGAACCAAGAGCCUGGCUGGAACCAAGCACUCAGUAAUAGCCGAUAGCUCUCCAGCAGACGUCAGGACGGGGGACCCCAGACCCUGGAGCUUCUUGGGGGACCUGGCACCGUCGCGGGUCAGGAAGGAGCAGCAUGAGCAGCGCCCCCGCGCCAGGCCCGGCGACCGCCUGCCUCACCCUCUGGGACGAGGAGGACUUCCAGGGCCGUCGCUGCCGGCUACUGAGCGACUGCGCGAACGUCAGCGAGCGCGGAGGCCUGAGCAGGGUGCGCUCCGUCAAGGUGGAAAACGGCGCAUGGGUGGCCUUUGAAUACCCCGAGUUCCAGGGCCAGCAGUUCAUUCUGGAAAAGGGAGACUAUCCUCGCUGGAGCGCCUGGAGCGGCAGCAGCGGCCACCCCAGCACCCAGCUGCUGUCCUUCCGGCCAGUUCUGUGCGCGAAUCACAGUGACAGCCGCGUGACACUGUUUGAGGGGGAAAACUUCCAGGGUUGCAAGUUCGAACUCAGUGAUGACUACCCAUCCCUGCCCUCCAUGGGCUGGGCCAGCAAGGAUGUGGGUUCCCUCAAAGUCAGCUCUGGAGCGUGGGUGGCCUACCAGUACCCAGGUUACCGGGGCUACCAGUAUGUACUGGAGCGGGACCGGCACAGCGGGGAGUUCCGUAACUACAGCGAGUUUGGGACGCAGGCCCACACUGGGCAGCUGCAGUCCAUUCGGAGAGUCCAGCACUAGUCUCCAUGGCCCCAGUCACCUCCCCUGAAGGCCAUCAAUAAAGGAUCCUGAAUCUG